CUAUUUUUCGUUUACGAGGGUCAAAACGAAAAUAACUAUAGGACAAAAAUGUCGUAGCCAAAGUGGUGGGAUUUUUACAAGCGCUCUCCCUUUAUCGCCCCAAGUGGCAUUUUGGCGCCUGGAUGGCUUUGUUCCAUCAUACAUCGAUCUUGAGCCCUUGUUGGACAGUAACUCUGAGCUUAUGUUGUUCGAGGGAAGCAAUCAUACCUCGAGGCUGACUACGGACACACCCCUCCUCAUUGUUUCCUGUCUGCCACAUACAUGCGCCCACACAGACCCACGUAUAUAAGCAUGACACAGUUGUGAACACAUAGUUGCCUUUUUUCCAUCCCUCACAGUGGCCCAAGUACUUCCAUAGCCAUGGCAUACCCCCCCUACGACCCUCAGUCAGUCGCUCGGCGGCCAUCCAUGUCCUACGGCACCCCGAUGUACCAGCCUCACCAGCUGCCCAUGGAUCAAGCGUAUCCGCACCCUUCGUAUGAUAUUUACGCGAAUCCACACGCCGUACCCAUGUCGCGUCGCAUGUCAAGUCAUUCUGCCUACGACGAUCAUGGCUACUAUCGCGCUCAUCAACGACUGCCGUCCAACUAUACUCCACGCCCUAUCGUGGUCAGCAUGCCCCGUCAGCGAAGGCAUUCCACGGUUUCGUUCACAACCAGUGGGCAUAACAAUAUGGAAGCAUACCUUCGACCGAGCUCCCUGCGUGUCAAGUUUAAACGAAAGGGCGCUUUCAUGAACGGCGUCAGUUUGGUGGAUGCCCAGUCUCACAAUAUCCGGCUCUCGGGAAACGACUCGUACCAUGUGCGCGACAUGCACCCAGACAGGCGAGAUAACAUUUAUCUGUUGAUCAAGUGGUCGGGAUAUCAAGCGCUCCAGUAUGAAAUCCCGCUGGAGUCGUACAGUAGCCGGGUAAACUUGCAGACUUUGGCCCGUCGGGUCGCGCGGUCUUGUGUCCAUUAUUUCUCAACAAACAGAAUUCCCCUGGCAUGGGAUCGUCUCGAUCUGCACCAUUUGGAAGAGACGUCGUACGGUGUCUGGCAGCCCAUGCUGGCUGUGCAUUAAUAAUUGCAUAGGCUCCUUGUCACAUCUCCUAGCUUUGAACUGGACUAAUGAUUUAUCAAUGUCCCUUACUUAAUUUUUCAUGAUACGACCUCAAGGCCUCAAGCCUUGCGGGUUACGACC